GCAUGCUUCUAUAUGUACACACACACAAACACACACAACACACCUACAAGAGCCAGAAGUGAGCACUCGUGGCCCUCCAUCCCGGAAAAAAACACGAGUCAGAGACCAUGAUCAAACGAAAACUGAGCUUCAAGUGGUUUGGUAGCCUCACCAACCUCCGGCGUAAAUCAGAUGCCCAGAAGGAAGACAGAUCCGUCAAAGAGCUGGCCGCUGACGAUAUGGGCAUGAGUCCACGGAGCCAGAGCUACGCCAGCUCCAGUGAAAUGUACACGCACAUGGGCACCAUGCCACGUCACCCGAAGAAGGACAAAAUCUUGAAGAAGAGCAAGUCCAAGGAGAAGAACAACCUCAGUCGGAGUCAAAGCUUGACACCUUCACAAGACCAUGUGUUUGAUUCACCCCUUCUUAGCGUACUUCAGGGCCUGGAGGUCCUGGAAAACCCCAUUAUGGAGGAGAAGUUAACUGCUGGGACUAGAGAUAGUAGCAUCCAGAAUCGUGACCUUCCAACUCCACCAACUGUGGAUGGACACUCAACAAAGCUGGAAGAGGAACAUAAGGAGCCUGUAGUCGACUCCAAGGUACAUGUCGAUCCACCGAAGGUCCAUCGAGAGCCUUCACCAGAUCUACGUUUGAGCAAAGAGUCAAACGUCCAGCCAAUGCUGCCCAAGAAAAAACUUAGAGAAGAUACCUCUGUGAAGGGUGCUGAGGAGCUCCAGGUGAAGAUGAGCAGCCAUACAGAGCAGAAGACAGCAGUUAGAGAGGAUCCUGAUAUAGAAUCAGACUGUACACAGGAAAAGAUGGGCCCUAGCAGACAGCUGGACACCACCGACAACCAACGAGAAUACGUGGAAUUCUCCAAGGAGAAGUACCUGCUGGAGUCGCCCCCGGAGAAGCUCAGGAAGGAGCUGGAGGAGGAACUCAAACUCAGUAGCAGUGACAUGAGGAGCCACGGCUGGUACCAUGGCCAUAUUCCACGAGAGGCUUCCGAAACGUUGGUUCUACGAAGCGGCGACUUCCUCGUACGGGACUCCCUGUCGACCGUGGGCGACUAUGUGCUCACGUGUCGCUGGCAGCAGGAAGUGAUCCACUGUCGGAUCAGCAAAGUCCUGGUCAAAAGCGGCCAAACCAAAAUCCAGUACAUGCUGGAGCAUGAGGGCUUCGACUCUGUCCCCACACUGGUCAGGCACCAUGCUGGCACGAGCCGCCCCGUGUGCCCGCACACCGGAGCCCAACUGCUGUUUCCGGUCAACCGAACGCUGCCGCUGAGGUACCUGGAGGCGACGUUUGCUUUAGCUGGUGGAAGGCCAGGAUCUGCACAUUCACCAUCAGCCCAGAGGGGGGCGCACAUCAAGAGGCGCAGUGUUACUAUGACUGAUGGACUGACCACAGAGAAGAUCAUUCCUCACAGUGCCGCCCAGUCUGCAGAGCCAGAUGAGCCUCAGACAGUCGAGCCAGAGGUGAAACCAGCGGAGGGCAGCAGCUGCCCCUCUACGGUGCACCAUAAGGAUGCGAUGAGGAACUGUGCCAUGAGCAUGGAUCAGAUCCAAGAGUACCGCUGCCCGCUGUCUCCUGUGGGCGAAAGCCCUCUGUCCCCUGCCUACAGCUCCAUUUCCCGCCACAGGCAUGGCUCAGGUGGGCGUGUCCUCGCCGUGAUCCCGCCCUCUCCAGUGAUGCGACGCUCCAGCGAUCCACAUCUCUCACCGUCCUCCUCCAAUAACAACCUCCCCUGCUCGGACAUGCCCCCUAGCACACACUCCACACCUGCCCACGGGUACUCAUCCGAGAGUUCGGAGCAGGGCGGCAGCUACUGCGAGCUGAGACCCGGACAAGCCCCCAGUACUCCCUGCAAGAGCUACGUGGAGAGGCUGAGAGUGGAGGAGGGCCGAACCCCAGGCCCUGGAGCCCCAGACGGGGUGGAGGGCUUCAUGCUCCCCCUGGUGGAGACCAGCUCCUCCUUCAUGCCAGGGAAAUACCAGUCCACUCUUCUGCCAGCUGAGAAUAAACCACUGGAGAUGAGUGUGUUGAAGAGGGUGAAGGAGCUGCUGGCGGAGGUGGAUCCCAAAACAGCCGCCAAGCACAUCACCAUGGCCGACUGCAUGGUUGCUAGGAUACUGGGCGUUACCAAGGAGAUGCAGAGGAUGAUGGGAGUGAGCUCAGGCCUGGAGUUGCUGACUCUUCCUCAUGGACACCAGCUGAGACUGGAUCUGCUGGAGAGGUUUUACACCAUGUCUAUAAUGAUGGCGGUGGACUUGUUGGGCUGUACGGGCAGCACAGAGGAGAGAGCCGCGCUCCUGUAUAAAACCAUCCAGCUGGCGGCUGAACUCAAGAGCAACAUGGGCAACAUGUACGGGUUCGCUGCGGUCAUGAGAGCCCUGGAGCUGCCGCAGAUCUCACGGCUGGAGCAGACGUGGAUGACCCUGAGACAGAGACACACAGAAGGGGCCAUCCUCUAUGAGAAGAAGCUCAAGCCAUUCCUCAAGGCCAUGAAUGAUGGGAAAGAGAGCUGUGUCCUCUCCAACACCUCUUUUCCUCACGUGGUGCCGGUGUUGUCCCUGCUGGAGCGCGGUGUGGCGGCCGGCGAGGCGCUGGAGUCGUGGGAGAGUGUGGAGUCUGGUGUGGACGUGGUCAUGAGUCACCUGGAGGCGGCGCGCACCAUCGCUCACCACGGGGGACUGUACCGCACCAACACUGAGAGCAAACUACAGGAUUUCCAGGAGCGGAAGGAGGUUCUGGAAAUCUUCUGUACAGAGUUUCAGAUGAGGCUUUUAUGGGGCAGUCGUGGCUCGGAAGGAAGUCAGGCCGAGCGCUAUGAGAAGUUUGACAAGGUCCUCACCGCUCUGUCCCACAAGCUAGAACCUCCUGUACGACACAGUGAAUUAUAGCACCCCCACACCCACAAAAUGGUAUGUUUCCUGACCUAUCUGCCACUCCUACUCCUGGACUGGACCAUUUUGCUUUUUUGGGGGGAGGGAGGGGGGAGCGAUGGAGAACAUGACAAUGUGAUUUGCAAAACAAUGCACAAUAGGGGACAGGCUUUAUGCGAGCAUGAUAGCGCCCCCUAAAGAACACAGACGUGAACGACACGGCAAGGGAAUGAAAUAAAAAUCUAAAGCCAAAAUCUCUUCUUCAGUGACGGUGACCAAGGGCACUUCCUUUUCAAAAAGAGAGAAUGUGAUGAAGUUGACUUUAACCCAAUGGGUCUGAAUCCUGUUUUAUGUGAAUCCACGAAUUUGUUCCCAUCAGCUUGUCAACGAAGAGCAAAGAUGUCUUGCAGAGGUGACGCGUCUCCGUACCGGAGAUGAGACUGCACUGACGAUACACAGUCACCAUUUAUUGCUGGAAUAGACUGAACACACACUCACUUGUCACAUGUCUGAAUGUAAGUUGCCAAAUCAUUCAUUCAAACAGAUAUCUGCUGGAUAAAGAGUCUUAUCUUUGACUUUUAUUUUCGGUACUGUCGUGGCUUUAUUGGUCGAAAUGGAGUUGACAGUUACUGUGAGGAAUUGAGUGUCUAACAGAUGCUCACAUUCACACUUUCCAAGUUUAUUUUUGUCAUAUCAAAGGGGUCAUAUCAAUGUUUCCUUAGUGUUUGGAAUAGGGUUCAUUUCGUAACUUAAGACCGCCCACUUUACACAUCAACAUUACAAAUUGCAUAUUGAGUGAGCAUUCAGACUUUACUCCUAAACAUAAGGAGAACAACUAAUACUAGAGGUAAAACUGUGAAAGUGGUCGAAUCCACCACAUAUCGAAGUGUUUUUAGGUUGUGUGUAGCACCUACAGCUUUGCAGAUCCUUCUUAAUGUUGGAACUGGGUCAUUUCCAGUGUAAACUGGUCUAAACCGUUACAUGUGGCGGAAAUAACUAUAUUUCCCAUUUCAAAUAUGAAGAAAGACAAUUGCAUAAAGUCUUAAAGGCACAGGGGCACAUAAACAGCCUGUUUAAUUAUCAACCAAAAAGAGAGAGGAAAUAUUCAUGAAAAAAUAAAUUAUCAAUGGUUGUGGGGUUCAUUAUAAAUGGACAUAAUGAAAAAUUUAAAUAGCAAAAAUCAUGAUCUGACCCCUUUAAUAUCUUCCAUGACUGACCAUGCUAGUCAAUAUGGCCAUAGCAAUGUGUUUUUAGCUGUUUUUUUAGAUGCAUUAUGUAUAUUCUCAAUGAGACUAGAUCACAAUGAAUGUCAUUUUGUAGUAAAUUAUUUAAGAGACCCAUAUAACAAAAUGUUACAGACCAACUCCAUGUCCAGAUCAUGUUAGCAAGUACAUUCAUUCAAGCAUUCAAUGUAAUGUUAUGGCAAUAAGGUAAAUCACAACCCGCUAUAUGGAGGCUCAUUGUGUUGAAAUGCUAAUGCAUAUUGCUCAUAUUUAGGAUGAGGAGUUUUCCCAACAGAUAUCAAUUAUACCUCAUAGUGUGUGCUAUAUAUUGAGGUGCGGCGAUCUAUUACUUGAUCAUAUGAUUUCCAAUUCCGCAUAAAAAAAAUAAAUAAAAAAAAUCCCAUAGACUUCAAUGAGGGAUUUGAGAGAUAUUUUGAUUUGUUGCCACCUAGCAACCACAUAGAAACCACCCUAGCAUAGGCAUAGCAACAUUGUGGCAUCCUGCUGGCGAGUUUUGUAUGAGCAAGUACCACUAUUUUCAUUGAGUUUUAUGCAGACAAAGUUUGAAAGAGUUAAAUAACAGUAACAAUUUCAUUAACCCUCACUAGUCCAAUACUGUUUUCAUAUUCUGGUAAAUUUAGCCAAACAAAAUCCAAAGUCACAUACAUAUACCUCUGUCAGAAGUGUAAAUGCUCUACCCUUAUUUCUGGGUAGGCUACCAUAAAAAGUUCAGCGUAGCCUAUCUGGUUCUAACGCGAUCUAUUGUGUAUCAUAUACAGGCUGCUAUACUUCACACCCAGUCUAUCAAUGCAUACUUCCAGGGAAUUUUCUGAUGGUGUUUUUUCAGGUAUCUUAAUAAAUGCACAUCUGAAAGUAGACGACGCUGUCUGACACAGAUAGAGGAGCAUUGUGGGAUGAAAAGUGUGUAAAAAGUAUGCAAUUUCACUUUUAGCCAGAAGAGGGCUCUGUUUAGUAAGCUAAAAACAGUACAUGGAAGUAAGUUUUGAACCUUUUGAAAGUUUUUUUUUAAUAAGGCCUGCUGGUCUAGGACUGUAACUUGUGUUUGGUUUCUCUACUGUAAAGGUAAAUGUGUAACUAUUUCGUUUUGUAAAUAGUUACCCCUAAACGGUCGAUGAUAGACGAGUUGGACGAGGUCACGUGAUUGCAUCCUUUUAUUAUGUGCUGUACAUACUGGUAUGUCAUAUGUUUUGCACUCGUUUUUUCAAAAAAAUAAAAUACAGUAAGCUUG